AGAGGAGUUGCUUGGUAGGCGCUUUAUUCGACUUGGAGCCAUCGCGCUGUAGUUGCUCAGCUCGGUGAUUUGAUGCCGUAUUGUCUACCUUCGGCCACCUUUUGCGAGUUUCCUUAGUCGCGUGGGAGUUUCUCCUCGUCAUCUCGAUCAGCUAUGUUCUGCUGCGGCGACCCUGAUUUCUUCCAUGCGUCGGACCCUGAGGGUGCGUCGCUCAGGCUUCUCCACUGGAACGUCUGUGGGAGCGGUCUGACUGAGACGCCCGCGAGCUUAGGAUUCCACCCCGAGUUCGAGGAGGACUUCUCCGCGCUGCUGCAGGUGCUGCACAGAGACAAGGAGGGGGAGGCCUUCUGGGGCUUCAGCAAGGCGAGGGACUACACGCAGCUGCCGCCAAUCAGGGAGAUCCGGAGCCUGUUUUUCUCGUUCAUCGACUUGGUCUACUCCCUAUUGUAUCAUCCCUUGGGCGGGGAGGUGCGAUUGGGGACCUCAUCCCCUGGAGAUGAGCCUGACCUAGCGAACACGCUUCGCUGCCUAUUCUUGCGCACCACGCUGAUGGACAACUCCAAGCCGCCCUCGUCGUCAAACCACUGGACGGUGCCGCAGUUCGAGCGAGAGAUGGAGCUCCUCCCGGCGACAGAGGACGUCAGGAGGCAGCUCCGUCGAAUGAAAGAGAACGCCUUCUCGCCCAGCGGCUCCCUCACGUGGGAGCGCAGCGAUGUCGACCAGAAGGUGUGGAAGAGGCAGGACAACAUAUGGAGUAAGUGGUCUUCGAGCGUUGAGAUAUUCAAGCGUCAGGAGGGUGUUACAGAGAAGAAAACGGAUGACGCGUUGACUCGUUUCAUCACUUUUGGUUACGAGGAGGAGGCCUUCACAGGAGGUCUUAAAAGGAGCGCCUCAAGAAAGCUAACAAACAUUCGGAAAGGCGUUUCAAUGGUUGUCUCAUCAAUGAUUUCUGCAAGGAUAUCACAACCUAGAUCUCUUGUCUCCGUCGUUCAAGACAACAAGGGCGAUAUUAUUCGAAUCCAAUCGCUGACGCUUCAUUCUGCGAUGCAUUGGUUGCUCAUCGCGAUGUGCAGACACUCAAUAGACAAUGCGGCCGCUGAGCUAGCCAUUCGCAGCUUCGCCGGUGUUCCUGCAGUUCCAAAAGACGCAGAGGCGCGUGCGGGCAUUAUCUUUCCUCGCGUCCUUCAGGCAGUCGAGCUGUGGCUCACGGAGGCAACACUGACGGCCCGGCAUGCAAAGUUCUGCCGCAAAGUGAAGGACGUGAUGCCUCAGCUCAUCACCGCGGUCGAGUACGACGGCCAGUGGCGGCUGCUUCCGCUGCCCGCCGAGAGGUACCGGGCCGUGUGGGGUGCGGGUACCGCCGUGGUCUUCUUCGACUCGGAGGAGUUCGAGUGGCUCGAGGAGUUCCAGGGGGUUCCCGUCCGCCCAAGUGUGGAUGCGAUAGAGGUCGACUCCUGGGUGAAGCUUGGCACCAUGAUGUCGGUGACGCCCAAGUCCUCCUGCGUGGCGCUGCUCAGAAGACGGAACGACGCCUCUCUCUUCAUUGUGAUCGCUGUGCACCUGGAGAGCGCGCCCCCGAGCAACACCUACGGCGCAAGGCUGCGUGCGGAGCAGCUGCGGGCGCUGCUGAGGCACCUGUCGUCGCUGGUGCAGCGGCUGCGGGCGGCCGGGCAGGGCUGCACGGUGCUCGUGGGGGGCGACUUCAACACCCUGCAGGAGGAGUUCGUGUACGGGACGACGGAGGAUUUCUGGCAGUGCGAGGGCGUGCGUGCUGUGCAGCCUCCUCUGCGGCGACCCAAAGUAGAACCUGCCCCCGCACCCGAACCACCAGUUGCCCGGUUCGACGACGCCGGAAGAGUUCACUUGCUGUGUGAGGUGGCCGAUGGUGGCGAUCUGCGCCAGGCUUCCCACCACGAGGGGAUGCGCUGCACGCGCGCAGGGUCCUCCAUGGUCAUCGACUUCGUCUUCGCGGGGUCCGCCAGCGCCGACGCCGGCAAGGGCAAGGAGUCCAAAGAGUUUCGUGCCCUGAAGGUGUCAACUUCAGAAGAGAUGGACAUGGCCGCACGCGCGGACUCGGGCAUCUUCCAUGCCGUGAAGGAUCUCGGCAGCGAUCACCUGCCUGUCGGAUGCGAGAUUCCGAACUGAGUGUAACACUAAGUGUGGCCACGUACUGCUUGCGUUAAUGACUAAAAAGUGC